AUGUCUCUUCAGCCCAUCCAUGAUCUGAGGUACUCGCUGGUGAAGAGGUCUCUGCUGGGCACGGUAUCUGACAGUGGCUCUGUGGCUCUCUGGGAUGCUAACACUCAAAAGGAGCUGCAUUUGUUCGAGGGGACGCACAAAGCCCCGUGUUCAGGGCUGGCCUUCUCUCCGGCCAAUGAUUUGCUCUUCAUCACUGUGGGCCUUGAUAAGAAGAUCGUCUGUUAUGACACUUCCAGCAAAAUGGUGUUUCGUAAUAAGCAGGUGGAGUCUCCACUCACAGCCAUUGAUUUUACUCCAGAUGGGGCUGGACUGGUUGUGGGCUCAACGCAGGGCAGAAUUUAUAUGUACGAUUUGAGAAACCUCAGCGCACCGGUCAAAAUCACUACAGCUCACAAGACGUCAGUGACCUGCAUUCGCUUCCAGAACUCCACCUCCAAGUUAAAGUCCACUAAAACAUCCAGCAAGUCUUCUCAAUCAAGUAAGAGGAUCUCAGUAAAACUAGGCGGUCAGCAGACGGGACCCUCCACUCCAACAUCUACAGUCCCACCCGGUGUGCCAGGCUCUGAAUUUCCUGGUGAUGGACAAGCCCAAGUCACAGGUACUGCUGGAGAGGUGUUCACCCGUGAGGCGGAGGGUCAGCACAGCCAAGACCAGCUGCCGAAUAUGGAGAAAUUUAGCAACAUCGGUCGGAACAGCCUCAGCUUGGAUAUUUUCUCCCCUCUUAAUGAUGGUUUCAAAACACGUGGUUUUAGUGAUACUCCAACUUCAAGAAAUGGAGGCAGUAUAGAUGUGUUCUCGAGGGAAGGGGAAGGCCAGCACUCCACAGACCGCUUCAGAGUUGGCCGAAACAGCUUGGACAUCUUUUCACCUGUACGAGAUGGUGAGGAAACUUUUCCAACCGCUCUUUCACAGUUUUGCACAGACACAGACACUACUCUUCCAAA